AUGUCCGCCCCAAAUUCUCCCAGGUUGGUCGACUCGUUUACUGUGCCCAAGGAUGUCCUCAAAGAGUUCGAAGAGCUCGCCGAAGAAGAGAACGUUGAUCCGUUCGCAGAAACUGCUUCCAAGCGCCAGAUUGCCUCUCGCCAGUCCGACUACCACAACCGUAGAUUUAGCCGCGUGGCCAACGAGAGCGCUGAUGCAUUCCAAGGUGCUGAAGAUGGGAAGGAAAUGGAGGGGGGAUACAAAGAGGCAAUGCGAUUGCAGAUGUUGGAAAAGGAAGAGGCGCGGGUGAGGCGGGCCAUUGAGGAAAAGGAGAAGAAGGAACGAGAGGAGGGUAAAGAGAAGAUGGACCUAGACAGGACGCCCCCCGCUGCAGAGAUUGAAGCGGCUGCUAAGGAGCUGGAGGAAGCGAGCGCAGGUUCGAAACGCAAGCGUCGUUGGGAUAUCCCCGACUCGUCAGACAGAGCAGAGGAGAAGGCAGAUACCGGAGAAUGGUCAAAGGAGGCUCUCGAAGCAUCUGCGCCCAAGAAACGACGCUCGCGAUGGGAUGCUACCCCUGUUGACGUCGGUGAGACUCCCAAGCGAUCACGUUGGGACCAGACGCCGGUCGCAGGUGUUGGAGGUGCAGAAGCUCCCAUGACACAGAUUAUAAUGAACGCGCCGGGAUUCAUGUCAGAAGACAAGCACAAUCGCUUUCUUACAGACGAGGAACUCGAUGCUGUUCUUCCUUCGCAAGGCUACGCGAUCGUCACUCCACCACCAGGAUAUGCUCCUCUGAUGACGCCACGGAAGCUCAUGGCAACGCCCAUAACGGAGGUGGGUGGUUUCCAAAUUCAGGACAGCUCUGAUGCUGCAGCUGCAGCCGCAGCCGCGGGUCUUGCUCCUGAACUGCCCACCGAAAUCCCUGGAGUUGGCAACCUUGCAUUUUUCAAAGCCGAAGAUGCACAAUACUUUGCGAAGAUUCUCAAGGAAGAGGAUGAGACGGAGCUGACAGUCGAGGAGAUGAAGGAGCGGAAGAUCAUGCGUCUUCUCCUCAAGAUCAAGAACGGCACCCCUCCAGUUCGUAAAACAGCGCUGCGCCAAAUCACAGACAAGGCGCGGGAUUUCGGUGCUGGACCCCUCUUUGAUAAGAUUCUUCCGCUUCUCAUGGAGCGGACGCUCGAAGAUCAAGAGCGGCAUCUACUCGUCAAGGUCAUUGACCGCGUUCUGUACAAACUGGACGAUCUUGUCCGACCCUAUGUGCACAAAAUCCUCGUUGUCAUUGAGCCUCUUUUGAUUGAUGAGGACUAUUAUGCUCGUGUCGAAGGUCGCGAGAUCAUCUCUAAUCUGUCCAAGGCAGCUGGUCUUGCCCACAUGAUCUCCACCAUGCGGCCGGAUAUCGACCAUGCCGACGAAUAUGUCCGCAAUACUACUGCUCGCGCGUUCUCGGUCGUCGCUUCCGCACUCGGCAUUCCUUCCCUUCUUCCAUUCCUGAAGGCCGUUUGUCGCAGCAAAAAGUCAUGGCAGGCCCGUCACACUGGUAUCCGUAUUGUGCAGCAGAUCGCUAUUAUGAUGGGAUGUGCCGUGCUCCCUCAUCUACGGAAUCUCGUCGAGUGUAUCGCACAUGGACUAUCAGACGAGCAGCAGAAGGUUCGCACGAUGACUGCCCUCGGAUUGGCCGCACUCGCAGAAGCUGCUGCACCCUACGGUAUCGAGUCUUUCGAUAACGUGCUUAAGCCUCUUUGGCUUGGUAUCCGCCAGCACCGUGGCAAGGGUCUCGCUGCCUUCCUCAAGGCUAUUGGGUUCAUUAUCCCGCUCAUGGACCCUGAGUACGCGUCCUACUAUACCAAAGAAGUCACCGUCAUCCUCAUCCGCGAGUUCCAGACUUCCGAUGAGGAAAUGAAAAAGAUCGUGUUAAAGGUCGUCAAACAGUGCGCCGCAACGGAGGGUGUCACACCCGCAUACAUUCGCCAGGACAUUCUCCCUGAUUUCUUCAAGUCGUUCUGGGUGCGUCGUAUGGCGCUUGACCGGAGAAACUAUAGGCAGGUUGUAGAGACGACGGUCGAACUAGCGCAGAAAGCAGGCGCAUCAGAGAUCAUCGGGAGGAUCGUCAAUGAGUUGAAGGAUGAGGCCGAGCCAUACAGAAAGAUGGUGAUGGAGACAAUCACAAAAGUUGUCGCUUCAUUAGGCGCUUCAGAUGUAGACGAACGGUUGGAGGUGCGCUUGGUCGACGGCAUCAUCUAUUCCUUCCAGGAACAGACCACAGAAGACCAAGUCAUGUUGGAUGGGUUUGGAACAGUAGUGAAUGCUCUAGGCAUUCGCGUCAAGCCAUACCUCACCCAGAUUGUGUCGACCAUACUUUGGCGCCUAAACAACAAGAGUGCCAAGGUCCGCCAGCAGGCUGCUGAUUUGACCAGUCGUUUGGCUGUUGUCAUCAAGCAGUGCGGUGAGGACCAGCUCUUGAGCAAACUUGGUCUGGUUCUUUUCGAACAGCUUGGUGAGGAAUACCCCGACACACUCGGUAGCAUCAUUGCAGCGGAAGGUGCAAUUGCCAACGUGGUGGGAAUGACCCAGAUGAACCCUCCGGUCAAGGAUCUCCUUCCCCGUAUGACGCCUAUUCUUCGCAAUCGACACGAGAAGGUACAGGAAGCUUCUAUCAACCUUAUCGGUCGCAUUGCUGAUCGCGGUGCUGAGUUUGUUCCCGCACGAGAGUGGAUGCGUAUUUGCUUCGAGUUAUUAGACCUUCUCAAGGCACACAAGAAGGGUAUUCGUCGUGCGGCUGUCAACUCCUUCGGUUACAUCGCCAAGAGCUUGGGUCCUCAAGACGUACUGUCUGUUCUCUUAACGAAUUUACGCGUGCAAGAGCGUCAGAGCCGUGUCUGCAGUACUGUUGCCAUCGCAAUUGUGGCAGAAACUUGCGGUCCAUUUACUUGCAUCCCCGCCAUCCUGAAUGAGUACCGCACGGCCGAACUCAAUGUCCGCACAGGGUGUCUCAAGGCCUUGUCCUUCGUGUUUGAAUACGUUGGGCCACAAUCUGCCUAUUACGUCGACUCAGUUGUUACCAUGCUCGAAGAUGCCCUCACAGAUCGUGACUUGGUUCACAGGCAGACCGCUAGCACCAUUGUGAAGCAUCUUGCCCUUGGCGUAGCUGGUCUGGGCUGUGAAGACUCCAUGAUGCAUCUCAUGAACUUGGUUUGGCCAAAUUGCUUCGAAACGUCACCACACGUCAUUGGCGCGGUCAUGGAUGCCAUCGAGGCUAUGCGAGUCACGCUGGGUCCCGGUGUCCUCCUGAACUAUGUGUUGCAGGGAUUAUUCCAUCCUGCAAGGAAGGUUCGCGAGGUCUAUUGGCGCACUUACAAUGCGCUUUAUCUUGGUGCAGAGGAUGCUCUUGUUCCUUUCUACCCCGACCUCUGCGAGUUGAGCGAAGGACAAAAUGUUUAUGACAGACAUCCCUUACAGAUGUUCAUUUAG